UUCAACUUUAUAAUUCAGUUUCGAGCAUGAAUACAUAAAUAAUAAAUGAGUUUUUGACCAAUGGCAUAAUAAAACAAUGUCGAUGCACAAACGUAUUGAAUAAUUUACUCGCAAGACACCGAAAUGAAGAGGGAAAUUAAAAAUAUCGUCGAGGCAUAUCAGCCCUUACUUUGGCUCAACAGAAUUUUAGGACUUGCCGUCUUUGAAGUGCCAAUAGGUCGAGUCUGGUUUUUCUUCAGUAUUUUUUACGCUUUGAUUAGAUCCUUGGCUUACGGUUUUUUAUUGUGGUAUGCUUUCCUACUCAUACCACCCAUGCCACUGAGUUAUCAUUCGGUAAUGUUGAUGUUUCGUAUAAUCGUGUACAUCAACGUGGUCAUAGCUUCCGUCACUACUAUUUUGGGAAUAUACAAUCACAAAAAAACGAAAAAGUUCUUUAAAAAUGUCAGUAUGAUCGACGCGACUCUGGAAUGCUUUGAAAUCGAACCCGUGUAUUACGACGAUUUGAAAGAAAAUUUACGCUUGGUAUUGGCCUGGUUGACUGGGGUGAUAAUUAUAUUUACUUGCGACUUGAUACUCAUUUACGCCAUUUUCGAUCAUCUUGGACAUGCUCUUGCUGUGGUUGUUGCAUUUGAAAUACCGUUACAAAUUAAUUCCAUGAUUGAAGUUAACUUCAUCGUCUAUAUAAGAACUAUUGGAAGAAGAUUCGAAAAAUUAAAUGAACUGAUAAAAAACAUUACAACUCACCCCUCGCAAAAUGAUUUACAACACGUAAAAAGUCUGGAUCUAUUGUCUCCGAAGAAAACCAAAAAAAAUAAAAACAAAAUCUCCGUUCGAUCGAGCUCUUACAUCAAAAACAAGUAUGAUGUAGAAAUUAUUUUAAAAAUGUCAAGACAGCUUCAUUUGAAUUUGUGCACAACAUCGCGAGAAGUCAAUCAGACGUUGAGUAAACAAAUAUCGAUGCAAAUAGCAUCUUCUUUUUUUAUUUUGACCGGAUUCGGAUACUGUAUUUAUUUAGUCUACCAUUUACCCAACGUAUCUUUGCCGAGAAAAAUUCAAUUGUUCUGUUCUCUCGGAGCUUGGAUCGUAGUUAUCGUAUGGAGAAUGCUGCAAGUCGUUCGAACUACGGUUAAAGUGUCAUCGGAAGCGCAUAAAGUCAGUCAGAUAGCUCACGAGAUCCACGUAACGAAAUUUCAAAGCAAACUCGUCGACGACAUUCAUCAACUCUCGUUGCAGGUAAUGCAACACCCAUUGUUUUUUUCAGCUUGCGGUUUAAUCGUUCUGGACUUCAAAUACGUGAGAGGGUUCGUAGGAUCUGUAACUACUUACUGGAUGAUUCUUAUACAAAAUCAGCCUGAUAUGAUUAGGGCAGCCAAUGUUUUGGUCAGUUCUAUAGAUGAUAACAGUACAUUAUCGACAACUGCUCCGUAAAAAAUGGUUUACUACCGUAAUUAUUCUUAUUACUCCCAACUCUCUUGUCUGUUGGUAAAACAUAACAGGAAAAAACAAAUAAAUGAUAAUAGA